AUGGAGCCGGAGGAGGUGGCUGCGGCCGGUGGCUCCCGGGCCGGUGCGCGGAGGCGCAGGAGGCGGCGGAGACGCGGCAGCGGCGGAGGUGGAAGAGGCGGCGGAGACGCGCGUAUCCCCGGCUUGAGCCAACAGCGGCAGGCGGCCAACGCGCGGGAGCGGGACAGGACGCACAGCGUGAACACGGCCUUCACGGCGCUCCGCACGCUCAUUCCCACCGAGCCCGCCGACAGGAAGCUCUCCAAGAUAGAGACGCUGCGCCUGGCCUCCAGCUACAUCUCCCACCUGGCCAACGUGCUGCUGCUGGGGGACGACUGCCGGGACGGACAGCCCUGUCUCCGCUACCAGAGGAUCCUCCACGGCGCCCCCUCCCUGCGGCCCAUCUGCACUUUCUGCCUCGGCAACCAGAGGAAACAGCUCAGAGAUGGGGGGAAGCACUCAGCUGCUGUGUGAAGCAAAGCGGCCUUGGACCGCCGAGGAGUCCACCUUGAUGUUGUUUACAUGCAGACACAUGGCGUAGGAAUUACACCUGUAGGACUUUGUACAUAUAUAAAUGAAUGUAUUUAUUUUUGUUGGAUUAGACUAGAAAAACAAAAUCAACACUGAAAAGCACUUUCUGUUCACGUCCGUGUGCUUCUGAACCUUCUGUGUUUUGGUUGAGCUGUAACCUGAGCCCAUGUGUAAAGUCGCACCUGACGGGUGGCUAUUUUGGUCCCACGAAUAGUAUAAACUACCCCCCCAACCCCCAAGCCACCACCCGAUGUCCGCCUUCAGUCACAUGGAGGAAACUGAAGAGCAGCUAUCGCAGCGGUUGCUGUCAGUUGAGUGGCGUUUUGUUUGUUUGUUUGUUUGUUGGUUUAUUGAGCAGGGACAGUGCACAUUAAUAAAUAAAAGUGUCUUCAUCUGUAGUCCCUGGACAGAUGUUACACAGACAAACAAUCAAUUAUUAAAGUUAAUAGAAACCUCAUUCUGGACACACUUAUACUACAUUAAGGCUGCUUUCAGGUGCUGUCAGAAAUAUCUAAACUGUGCAGGGGCACUUUAAAGGCGCACUAACUGAUCUAUAACCUCUGAUGUAGUGGUGAACGGUGGAAACCGAUCCCUACAUCUUGUAUCAUUUGCUCUAAAAUGACAAAACUAAAAGUUUGUGUUUUCGUCAGGUUCAGCCACACUGUUGUGACUUCAUUAAAGGUCCGGUGUGUAACAUUUAGGAACAUCUACUGGCAGACAUUGAAUAUAAUGUCCAUAGGUAUGUUUUUAUUAGCGUAUAAUCUCCUAAAAAUAAGAAUUGUUGAGCUGUUUUUAUCAGAGGAGGCGAGUCCUCUGUUGAGCCGCCAUGUUGAGCCACCAUGUUCCUACAGUAGCCCAGAAUGGACAAACCAAACACUGGCUCACCAUAGGGGAAACUAUGGUGGGCCCCAACAUAGUUUCCCCUAUACGCACGUCGCAAUCUGCAACUUCAACACUAGAUGUCGCUGAAUCCUACACACUGGGGUCAAAGUGUGUUCAGACAAACACGCAAAUUUGACCUGAGUGUCGUUAUUUGAUGUAAAGUUCAACAAUUUUAAACUUGAGCAAAACAUUUGCAAGUAUCCAGAACUUUUAUGGAUCUAUUAGACUGGACUGGAGCAAUAUAAAUGAAGCCAGGAGCCCCUCAAAUCCCCAAAUAUCCUCUUUAACAAGUUUCAGUAUAUUAUAAGCAUGUGGAGGAUAUAUUAGGAGAUUUUUCGGGCUUUGACAAAAUCAGGGAGAUGAUGCUUAUUUUAAGUUUUAUUUUAAGUUAUUUUUAUUGAAGUUAUUUCGGAUCAACUGAGGGGGAUAUUUCAUGUAGCUAUAUGUAAAAAUGGUGCCCUCUUUGAGUCCCCUACAGAUAACAGCAUUAGUUUUGCCUCCUCACUUUGCAAACAAUCACAUCCUGCAAAGGACAAAGUCAAAAAAAAAUCUAUUCAAUCUUCAUACUUGACGUUUUUUUUCAUGUGUAAGCGAGAGACGUCCGUUUUAAUCCGGCAAGGGGGGGAACUUUCUACAGCAGCAAAUACUUGACACUCACAGGCAGGAAGGAUGUAUAUUUAAUCUGCUCUAAAAUGAUCUAAAAACAACUUUAUAUAUUGAGCCUUAAAAUCCUAAGAAAAAUCUAUUUUCCUCCUCAACCAAGAAGGUUAUGUUUCUAUUUGUUGUAUAAGUUUGGGAUCAGGGUCAUUUGAUUGGAUUUUGACAACAUUAAUCUGAGUCUGAUAGGUCGAAAUCAGACAUCUGGGAUUUCAAAACUGGGUACAAAAACAAGAUUUAAGCUCCAGCGAUGCCGUUUAGCCUCAAAGCUUUUCCCAGAAAUGAUUUGUUCCCAAGAUCCAGUUGCAAACCUGAGCGAAAUAAUACUUAAGCUAAACCCCUUUCUAUCUUUCAGCUGUUGGUCAAAAAGUUUUUUUAUUUUGGCCUGAUGAAAUGUUAGGAUAAAUAUAUUUGCAGUGUGGUCAAAUGUUUACUUUUGCAUUGUUGCACAAGCUCUAUCACUUUAAAAACACAAAAUUGCGAGGUUUUGUGUGCAUUAGACUGUGGGAUGUCCUGGCAUGCAGAGUGCAUUAUCUGCAUGCCCUUUGCACCAAUUUGGGAUAAUAUCUAAAUGUAAUCCUUUUACAAUCAACUGGAUCCCUUGAUUAUUUAUUAUAUACAGCACAUAUGGAUGAAAACUAUCACUGGGAAAUGUUGCACACUACCUCAAACCUGUUUUAAAUAUGAAGGCCUACCUCUAAAUCUAAUGUGUAACAUUGACUGUAUAAAAAUGUACUUGAAUAACCUGACAACUGUGUCCUUUGCACGUCGCAAAUACUGAGAAGCUGCUAGAAGAAAAAUGUAUUUUUGUACAAUAAAAAAUGAGAAUAUCAUCAAACAAUCGUCUCUUUGUCUGCAAAAGCUCCGAUGUCGUAAACAGCGGGACAUUUAUUACUGUAAGAGAAGAUAAUUAAGCCAAUAAGCUGUUUGGGAACUCAUUUACGAGCCUCUACUGGCAGAAAAGUUCUAUUCUGGUCAUGUAUAACCACCUGAAUAUAAGAAUAUGUUGUUACCUUAGAAUGAGCUCUUUUUAAUCUACAGACGCUGCAGGUCACCACCCAUGGAGUCCGCUGCGUUCAACCGCCAUGUUUCUACAGUAGCCCAGAAGGGACAAACCAAAUAAGUAGUUGAGCAGGAAAUUUGAGCCACUUUAGACUCCACAGUUCUAGUAAGUUAAAUACUAUGGAAGCCAGUUGAUGCCAAAAAUUUAUUAAAAACUGCACUAUAAAAAGAAAUAUAUAAAUUAUGUUUAACUUAGUUAAAAUUGAUACAUAAAACCAGGCAUAAAUGAGUUCAGGCUACAUUUCUCACAGAUUAUACUUGUUUCAUCAUUAGAGUAUACAUGUAUUCAUCUGGAUGCUAUAGAGAGACCAUCAUAACAAUUUAGAAUUAAAUAAUGUGUCUAAAGAAACAGGUUUUUAAUAAGAAUUCAUUUUUAUGCUAUCUUAAAAAAAAAAAAAAAUUCAGCUUCAUAUAAGAUAGAAGGUUUUACUUAUCAAAUGUUUUCAUGCACUUUAUACCGACGCCACAUUUAAAAAUAAAAACCCACAGAACAGUCGAGGCAUUUCAAUAAUCUUUAUUUCAUAAAAAAGUCAAUCGGUUUAUAUCAGAUUAAAGAAAGUAGAAACUAAUAAUAAUCAGUUAGCUGGCGAGGCAUCUUACAGGGGUGGGGGGGGCACGCGUCUUCUGACGGACUGACCAGAACGACCUCGACACGUGGUACAGGUUUACCCAAAAGUCAAGAGAGAAGGCGAGGUUUAAGACCCAACAGGAGCCAAAACAUGAGCUGGGCAAAAUAUAAAGUUAAGGGGAGAUUUAUUUAAAAAAAAAUAAAAAAAAACUUCGGCAAAAAUCGCAUUAAUAUUUUUUGUCGGCCUCGUUGUUGCAUGGCAAGAAUAUUUAACAAAUCCUGGUUCAGAUUCAUACAAGAAGCCAUUGAGAUCACAUGGAAUGUUUUGUAUCCAAAUUACAGGCAUUACAACAAUAAUAAUACCAAGAUGUAGAAAA